AUUAUUAUUAUAGCAGCACUGGUAUCCAUGAAUACAGCGCCGCUAAAGAAUCGCGAGGAAGCAAAUUUGCGUCGCUGGCUUGCGACGCUUGGAGCGACAUUCACAUUUUGCUAUAGAUGUGCGUUAAUAUGAAAUAUUUUGUGCCGCGAGUACAUCGCGCUGUGUUCUAUCGCUGCGCAAAUUUUUGCAGCUGUCAGGGAAGCGCAGUUACUCGCGUCGUUCAUACGCCGCAGUCGCGCGCGCGCCCUGGCCAAAUGAUCACAUAUAGACGCCGCGACAUGGAAGUGUGGCUGCUCAUAGCGCAGAGCCUGGGGUGGCGCCUGGGCGCUGCCGAGGUGCCGCUGCUGACCCUGACGGUGAAGCAAGCGACGCUUCUGGAGCUGGCGCCGGCGUACGACGCGCUUCGUGUGCGUCACAUGGCUUUCCUCCGAGACGCUUACGGCGGCGCUGCGCCGCUGGCGGAGGCCUUCACGUCUCUGCGGUGAACGCUGGCGCGGCUGUGGGCUUUGGUGUGGGAGCCGCGACACAAAGAGCCUCUCUGGCGCCUAGCAGUCAAUGGUGUCACGGGUUUUGGUAUGAUGGCAGCACAGGCUGCCGCCGGGCGUGCGAAGCCAUGCCCGUGUGGGGUUGUGAUGACUGCUGGGGCCAGGGAACACCACUUCUGGAACUGUGAUGUAGCGGGCGCACUUCGUGAUGUGUUGCAGGAGCAUGCGGGAGUGGACAUGUCACGGCACCAGUUUUGGUUAGUGCAGGCGCCACCAGGGCUUUCGCAGGCGGUGUGGGACAUCGUGGGACAUCGUGGGACAUCGUGCUGUGGCUGCCAUGGAAUACGGCCGACAGCGCCUCUACGCUUGCUGGGGUGGCCCUGGUACGGUUGUGGAGGUUGCUGUUGUGCGAAGGAUAGGUGUGGAGGUGGUGGCUGACCAUGGAGUGCGAUGCGGCGAAGUCCCGACUGGGUUAUGGCCCCAACCCGCGAACCCAAAUACAAACGUAUGUGUAAACGAGAAGGGGCAGUGAAGCAGGAUGCAUGGAGAAGAUGGUGAGUUGGGUGUCGGUGCCGGAAGUUUUGCUGGCGCUGUAACCGCGGCUGAUAGCGCUGACAGUUUCGGCUGUGUGCACUCCUCGUUCCGGGUCGCCCGGCCAGGCCACGCUCCACAGACUCCACAACAUGCUUGUGCAGGGAAUGAACGCGAAACGAGCGCGCGCACCUGCAGCGCAGUCCAGAUGGGUCGUCCACGGGUGAGCCGCGGACUCGCCUAAAUAUUGAAGAUGCAGCAGCGUGCGUCAAAGCAGUUGGCCGGGCCACAAGUGAGCAAGCAGGAAAGAGUCUCGGUGGCGCGCGCGCCGAAGCAAGCAAGCCGAAGGGUACGACGGGCGGGCGGCAGCAUGGGACAUUCAACAUGCGGUGCGCGCCAGCAUAAACCUACCAGCAACCUCCAGCUAGCUUCUGACGCCGUCGGUACAGUCGCAGCGCGUUCCACAUGCUUAUGCGCCCUACCGCCUGCUUGCCUGCCAUAUGCCAGAAUGCAUUCUGCUGAUCUGUGGGGGGUUUCGGACACUCCCGGGACUUCGCUCUCUUGGCCCAUGCCUGUUCCAUCCGCAGCGACAGCACAACCGGUUGCGAGGAGGCGAGGCGUUUGGUUGCGCAGGCUGAACAGCUGCCGCUGCUAGGGCGUGCCGGUAUUUUGCGAGGCGUUAGGUGUGUGACACAAAGAAGCAGUCGCACUGGCUGCGCGUUUUUCGGCUGAGUUGUGUUAGCCGGGCUCACUGAUGUGCUGCGCAUGGGGCUCGUCACCCGAAACAGGUCAAGACGCAAACGGACACAGGUGCUAGAUUGAGUCUGCGUUCAUCCAAAAGUGUCCUGGCAGGCAAGCAGACCUCACGGGCGGGAAGCAUGAAGCUCUCUGGGGGAAACCAGCGAGCAAGGGGAAGCAUUGGGGGCUUCGGCCGCAAGGCCACGACCAAACCAGCGAGCUCGAUUGUGCAUAUGCGACAGGACUAUCCACAACAUGCGAAUGUGAGUUUGAAGUAAACUGGAUUGUUGCCACAGAAAUAUGGGACGCGAGCAAGGCAGAUAGAGAAAACGCAGGAGCCGCGGAAACCGGCUGACCCUUGCCAAAGCAAACAACACAACCAAUUACCGAAGAUGUUAGUGAUCCCCGGAGCGUCUCAAAAGUAUCAGGAAAAUCAGAAAGAUGGAGCAGGAAAGAGCGCGGCGGUUGGCCGUUGGAGUGCGCCAACUGAAAUGGCCCCGGACCUAUACGAGACGUGGGCCAGACUGCGCUGCUUGCAGCCACGAAUGCGUAAGACUAGGGUAGCUGAAGUGUAGGGCAAAGUAGACGGUACGGGCAUAGUACAGCAGCUGGAAGGGAGCGAGUGAACGGCGAGCAGGUGGCGAGCAGACCAGGUGACGCGGUGGUGACAAGGUUGUCGGGCGCACAGUACUCGUAGAGCCCGACCUGGAAGCGUCCUGGCCCGUUGAAAUGCCAUAGAGCUGCAUGGUGUACGAGGGCACUGGCGGGCGUGUACGGGUUCUCGCCGAGUAUAUAAGGCCGGGCCUCUCCAGCCAAAGGCAUUCCCCGGACCUGACGGUAAACACCGAACCUCAAGCCAGCAGCACCGCACUAGGCCUCUGAACAGGUUGGCUGGAGACGAACUCAAUUAACUUAGUUUUCCCGGGCUCUGAGCCUCGCCGAGUUGCUUCAGAGCCUCGUGUCUGUAACGUAUACGCGCG